AUGGACUGCGCAACUGGUUUUAGCAUUCUUCGUCAAACCAUCGAACUCACCCUAGACGAACUUUUAAGUGAGGACAACCGGAUCGAAGGCACCAGCAGUGACUACGCAACUGGCUUUAGCAUUUUUCAUCUGACCAUCAAACUCACCCUAGACGAGCUUCUAGGCCGAAGAGUGCCGGAAUCACACUCGCUAAGCAUGUUUUCGAUGCAACAGACAGCACGCUUCAAAGCUACAGCAAAAUUUUUGACAGUCUCAUACAUCAAUUCCAAGACCGGGCAUCUAAGUUCUCAUUCCGGCUCCUGCACCUCGCAACCCAACAUCUUCGACAACCAAUUAUUACUGCAUAACCUUUUAUUGGUACCCGAGCCUGCUGCGUUCUUCGUUAAUUGGCUACUCAUAGCAUUUUGUGGUCUCGCGAGUGCAGUACUUGUCAUUUGGAAACAGCGAGCUGGACUGCUUCUAGGAUCGGCGUCUGUCGGUACUUUCUUGUGCAUCCUGGGGACCGACUUGGCUGUUAAUCAGCAAUCUGGCAUGAGUCAGGGCCUCAGAUAUUUGAUUGACAGAAACAGUUAUCAUAUCGUGGACACCAUGAGUAAUGGGUACUUUCCGCCCACAGGCACAUUGGUUAUGAUUGCACUCUCCAUUGCACUGAUGUUCUUUAAGGGUCCUUUCUGCCCAGUUCACGAUAACGAUAUCGAGUCCCUUCAUGCAUCAAACAAGUUUCCGGCUGACGAAGAACCUAAACCAUCAGGCGAGGAAAUACUGUCUAGUUCGCCAAAUUCAUCACCUGUGUCAGCUUUGUCACAAUCGAUGCCUUUGCUUAAAGAUUGUUGCUCGAUACCUGCUGCCAUGGAGAAAAACUCAUCCGCACAUUCAAGAUCUCUAUCGGAGAAUUACUGGAUCUACCGUGACAGUGAGCUCGUGCAUAGUUGGGUACAUGUAGACUGGGAAGCAGGGCAGGCGGGUGUUGAGGAUCUGCUCGCAAGACAAAACAACAUCUCAUCAUUCGGGUCAACUGGCAAUUGCGGUCUGCCAGAAGAUGACGUUGAUGAUCUGAUAUGGAGCGACGAAGAUGAACGAUGA